AGAAAAUACCAGAAUCUCAGAAUUGAUGAUGGAUGAGAAUGGAGACAGAAUGGAUCAGGAAGACAGAACCGAUCAGGAAUUUGUGUCACAGCCAAACGAGGAAGAUAGAGGGUUAAGUUACAUCCCUCCUUUCGUUGCUCCUUCUCCUGAAAUAACAUCUCCGUGGCCGUUAAGAAAGUAUACAUGUAGCUCUCAAAGCUUGCAGUUAACUAGAAGUAGCAGUUGUAAAGAAAGUUUAAUGACUAGACCAAAUUCGCCAUUGUUUGAGAAGGUAGAAAAUAAUGAGAACACACCACCAAAUGGGUUUGAGAGAGUCUUCACCCGAAGACCUGAAGGUAUCCGUAGUAAGCUUUCUGAAUUAAACCGUGGUGCUGAUGUUGAGAGGUUAUUGAGAAAAGGUUUAGAAUCUUCUAUCGGGAGUGCUGCUGCUAUUGAGCUUGAAGCACAGGACACACUGCCAAAUGGGUUUGAGAGAGAUUUCAAUAAAAGACCUGAAGGUAUCACUAGAAAGCUUUCUGAAUUAAUUUAUGGUGUCGAUGCUGAAAUGUUUUUGAGAGAAGAUUCUCAAUCUUUUGAUGAGAGUGAUGCUGCUAUUGAGCUCAAAGCAGAAUCGCAGGACAAAAUUUCAACUAAUGAGAAUAUUACUAGCAUCAAUUCAAGUGUCACAGAAAUGGAGGAAAAGGCUGAGCUUCAGCACGAGGAGCAAGUUGCUGAUAGCCUGGUGCAUGAGGCUGAACCGAAAGCCAUGGAAUCUAUAAAAAGUGUGAAAGAUGUUGGUUUGGAUCCAAUAGAAGAUUAUUCAAUUUCAAAGAGUCCUUCAAACUGGCCCUUAGAAUUCAAGAGGCUACAAAGAGAAAUUAUUGAACUUUGGCAUGCUUGCUAUGUGUCAUUGGUGCACAGAACCCACUUCUUCCUUCUAUUCAAAGGUGACCUGACAGACUCCAAGGGAUAUUGUUGCUAAUGUGAGGCGUUUGUUGAAUGGUGAGCAACUGGUGCCGAUGGAUCCAUGGUACAAAGGGUUCAGAGGAACCAUUGAGAAGACAGCAACCAAAGAAGCUGGGGUUAGCUGCACUGUGUGUGGAAUUAUGGAGGAAAUCAACGAAUCUACACUUAGGAUUACAGAGCUGCCUAUACGACGAUGGACUGAAGAUUAUAAAGAAUUUCUUGAAUCAAUUAUGACAGGAAAUGAUAAAUUCAAGAAUUUCAUUGAUUUUCCUUUUAAUUUUUGUUCAAUUAUUUAUUGGUUUUCAAUGGAUGGAUGUUUAAAACUUGUCUCAAUUAAUGUUUUGAAUGAAAUGAUUGCAAAGUUUGGGAUUGAGCAGGAAAA